AUGAUGUUGGAGAAAGGGCCUUCUUUCGAAAGCGACAGCCAUUUUACUGCAUCCGAAAUGCUACACUAUGUGAACAAACUUGUGGAAAUCGAACAUCAAAUUUUGCACCAGAAAUCAAAGGAAGUAAGAGUUACAUACAAGCACACUACUCACACCGCUUUUGGUGACACCGAAGAUUUGAAUAUCUCUGUGGAUGUGAAUACCGUAUCCGCAUGUUUUCGCGUGGCCAAUAGUCGAAUGAAAGGUCAGGGCAGGGAUAAGCCAAAAACAUGCUUGAAGCUGAACGGAAGCUCAGUUAAUCCUUCAUUCUACAGAAGAUCUCGGUGCGGGAGCGGAAUCAACGAUGGUGGUUUUGUGGAAGCGCGGACACGUUGUGCUGUCGAUUAUGUUGAACAUGUUACUUCUGCCAUUGUGUAG